GAGGACGGGACCCUGGGCUGGGACUCCCUGGGACAGAGCCGAGAGCUGUGGACCUGGCUGAGGACAUGGGCUUGUGCUGGGGCACCUGGACAGGACAGUGGUCAGAGAGGAAAAGCUGAUCCAGGACCCAUAGCCAGGAGCUGUUCCUGCAGCCCUCCAAUCUGGCAGAGCCCGGGGAGGCUGGUGCCCUUCCGUCUUUCUGUGGAGAAACCUUUAGAUCUAUUUCCAUGGAGACCAAAGAAUCUGAGUUUUUGGCAAAGCCCUGGAGAGGAUCAGUGAGCAGUUCACGGAACACUGAUGCUGAGCUGGCCAUGGCGAGGCCUGAGUCACUCUCAGAAAAAGAGGAGGCUCCCUGGGAUGACCAGGACGGAGACAAAGGCGACCACUGCUACAUCCCGAUCCAGAGAAACUCCAUCUUCAAUCGCGCUGUGAGACACCGAAGCCAAGCCAAGGCCAGAGGCGCUGGGGAUCGGACCGCCCCCCACCCGGCAGAUUCACAGGAAAAUGGAAAAUCUGUAAAUGAGCCCAAGAGCAGAGCCCCUCUGAGCAGAGCAGCAGUGCAGACACACACAAGCGCCUGGAAACCAAGCGAGUCGUCCUCCACCCCGGGAAAUGGAACCACGCCCGAGGAGUGCCCGGCCCUGGCAGACAGCCCCACCACCCUCACGGAGGCCCUGCAGAUGAUCCACCCCAUCCCUGCCGACUCCUGGAGAAACCUCAUCGAACAGAUAGGGCUCCUGUAUCAGGAAUACCGAGACAAAUCCACUCUCCAAGAAAUUGAAACCAGAAGGCAGCAGGACGCGGAAAUCCAGAGCAAUGAGGACGGGUCCCCAGCGGGCGAGGACACUCCCGAGGAUGAGGAGGAAGACGAGGAGGAGGAGGAGCCGGCGAGCCCACCGGAGAGGAGGCCUCUGCCCCAGAUCUGCCUGCUCAGCAACCCCCACUCGAGGUUCAACCUGUGGCAGGACCUGCCUGAGAUCCGGAGCAGCGGCGUGCUGGAGAUCCUACAGCCGGAGGAGGUCAGACUGCAGGAGGCCAUGUUCGAGCUGGUCACCUCCGAGGCGUCCUACUACAAGAGCCUGAACCUGCUGGUGUCCCACUUCAUGGAGAACGAGCGGCUGAAGAAGACGCUGCACCCGUCCGAGGCCCACAUCCUCUUCUCCAACGUGCUGGACGUCAUGGCCGUCAGCGAGCGGUUCCUCCUGGAGCUGGAGCACCGGAUGGAGGAGAACAUUGUCAUCUCCGACGUGUGCGACAUCGUGUACCACUACGCAGCCGACCACUUCUCGGUCUACAUCACCUACGUCAGCAACCAGACCUACCAGGAGAGGACGUACAAGCAGCUGCUCCAGGAGAAGGCAGCUUUCCGGGAGCUGAUCGCGCAGCUGGAGCUGGACCCCAAGUGCAAAGGCCUGCCCUUCUCCUCCUUCCUCAUCCUACCCUUCCAGAGGAUCACCCGUCUCAAGCUGCUCGUCCAGAACAUCCUGAAGAGGGUGGAGGAGAGGUCGGAGCGCGAGGGCACCGCCCUGGAUGCCCACAGGGAGCUGGAGAUGGUGGUGAAGGCGUGCAAUGAGGGUGUCAGGAAGAUGAGCCGCACGGAGCAGAUGAUCAGCAUUCAGAAGAAGAUGGAGUUUAAGAUCAAGUCGGUGCCCAUCAUCUCACACUCCCGCUGGCUGCUGAAGCAGGGUGAGCUGCAGCAGAUGUCGGGCCCCAAGACCUCCCGCACCCUGCGCACCAAGAAGCUCUUCCGGGAAAUUUACCUCUUCCUCUUCAACGACCUGCUGGUGAUCUGCCGGCAGAUCCCAGGGGACAAGUACCAGGUGUUCGACUCGGCCCCGCGGGGCCUGCUGCGCGUGGAGGAGCUGGAGGACCAGGGCCAGACGCUGGCCAAUGUGUUCAUCCUGCGGCUGCUGGAGAAUGCAGAUGACCGGGAAGCCACUUACAUGCUGAAGGCGUCCUCUCAGAGCGAGAUGAAGCGCUGGAUGACCUCGCUGGCCCCCAACAGGAGGACCAAGUUCGUUUCCUUCACAUCCCGGCUGCUGGACUGCCCCCAAGUCCAGUGUGUGCACCCGUAUGUGGCCCAGCAGCCGGACGAGCUGACGCUCGAUUUAGCGGACAUCCUGAACAUCCUGGAGAAGACAGAAGACGGGUGGAUUUUUGGUGAGCGUCUGCAUGACCAGGAGAGAGGCUGGUUCCCCAGCUCCAUGACAGAAGAGAUCCUGAACCCCAAGAUCCGCUCCCAGAACCUCAAGGAGUGUUUCCGCGUGCACAAGAUGGAGGACCCUCAGCGCAGCCAGAAUAAGGACCGAAGGAAGCUGGGCAGCCGGAAUCGGCAAUGACCUUCGUCGCAGGCGCCAGCCUGGUGGGAGGAUGUGGGCAGGGGAGCAGGCUGGUGCGUGCAGAGGGCUCUUGGGAAGGACAGGCCAGUGCCUCCUGGGCAGCAGGAAGUGGCCCUGCCCAUGCAUUGAGUGCCCAGGUGCCUCCGCUCUUUUCGGCACUGCUUACAGACGGAGACAGUGCCCACGUGACCAUCUGCAGAGAAGGAGUGUCGGGCAGUGUCCCCACCUCCCCCCGUCUCUUGUCGGCCUCUGGGACUGGCAGAGGCCCAGAGCCAGUGUCCCUGGCGGGGUCGGGCGGAAGGUGACGACUGUCCUGAUCCCCUGCACUGCACGCGUUCUUCCCUAGCAGGCGCCCAGAGGGCCGCCCUUGCCUGACAGCUUCCAGAGAGGCCUUGGUCUCUGGCUGCCGCCUCCGUCCCCCCUCCAGCACCUCGGCUGCUCCGGCCGCCCAGCAGCCCGCUCCAUGCAGGUCCAGCAGGGCUUGGCUGAGCCGACUGCCUCGGGCUCCUCCUCCAUGGCCGGCAUAACUUGUGUUUUUUAGCCCCUCCGGGAGCCCAGGUGUCUUACGGAAUGAAUUGGUCACUGCAUCUUGUACAGUUAUGGUUCCGAGAAAAGCAAAUAUCAUUUUUGGCUGCAUUAAAGAAGCAUCAUGUAUUAAGUCA